AUGUUAUUCAAAAGGUACUUCAAGGAUGCAGCAAUUUCGAAGCCGAAAACCAAGCAUGGCAUUGAGGUCCACUACGACUCAGUCGGUACUAGUCUGUACAAUCGUAAGGAGGAGCAAGCGGCUAAAGGUACGAUGAAGAUCCUCUUCAGUUCAACUAUUGCCGUGGCUCCUUCAGGGAAGAAGGGUUCUUGGCGUGAAGACGGCUGUGUGGUUGAUUUUUCCGGCUGGUUGAGGCGGGUGGUCCCUGUGGGGCAGAUGGAAGAGGUUCUAUUAAAGGUCGACAUUGAAGGAUCUGAGUGGGGCCAAGAAACACUCUCUAUUCCGAGCCGACUAUUUCUCCUCAAGAUACGAGCUGAUGGAGCACCUCAUUGA